CUGCCUGCACAAUCCAUCAGCCCCUAGAUAAGCUCAUCCCUUAAGCUAAUCACUCUCACACUCUUCUUCCAUAAUCUGUCAGGUGUGUCUGUUUAUUUCCAUUGUAUCGUCGCAUCCACACCCUUUCUAGGACAAUUUAAUGGAUCUCGCGACGACGCCCGCGCGGCGGCCCAUGGAGCAUGGGCUGGCGCGGCGGCUGUGGCACGUUGUGCUCGCCGUGUGCCACAUGCUGCGCCGCGGACUCUGCCGGAAGCGGCUCAUGAUGGACCUGAAUCUCCUCCUCGGCCGCGGCAAGCUCGCCGGUCGGGCGCUUCGCGGCCUCCUAGCCCAACCCGCCACGGCCCAUGGCCAUGGCCACCGUAUCUCCUCCUCCUCCACUUCCACCAUGGCGUCGUUCUACGGGCACCACGCGCGGGCGGUGGAGUUCAGCUGCACCACCACGCCGUCGUACCCGCAGUACUACGGGCUCUUCCCCUUUAAGAGCCGCGGCGGGCGCAGCGGAGGCGGUCGGGGCACCGCCCGCGACGACUACGGAGGCCUGGAUGCCGCUGCGGUGGCGCGGGCGUUCGAGAUGAUGAGCGCCGACGUGGAGUCCGGAAGAGCCACGCCGGCGGUGGCAGGGAUGGCGACGGCGACGCCAUCACCGAUGGUGGCAUGGAUCCUGGGCCGCAGCCCCGCUGGUGUCCGGCGGCUGCGCGUCACCGACUCGCCGUUCCCGGUCGUGCCGGAGGACGGCAACAGCGGCAGCAGCGAGCGCGUGGACGCCGAGGCCGACGACUUCAUCAAGAGGUUUUACGAGCAGCUACGGAUGCAGCACUCGAUCGCCAUCCCGGAUAGCUGCGUGUCGUAGGUAUAACUUGAUCCUCCCGGCUGCUCGUCGGCGGCGUUGUGACCGGCUAGCGCAUCCGCGCCGUGUGUUACGGCUUACGGGUGCGUGUUGCCUGUAUCGUGUGGUACUGGACUACUGGCUGCACCUGCAUGCGUGCAUCGACGUCGACGGCCGGUGGAGAUGCCGUGCCGAGGCAUGUCGAACGAACUCUAUUCCUGCUUUAGCAUAGAAAGAUUGGAAGUGUUUCGUGUCUA